UCAUAUAGCCAACUAAAACAUGAAGUGGAUUUGGGCUCUAGCGUUUUUGGUUGUCGUUGCUGCCUCCAACCCAGAGGAGGAGGACAUUGAUCCAGAUACUUUUGAGGGGGACAUGAUUCUUACUCCCGAGCAGAAAGCAGCAGCUUUGAGUGGGGGUGAUGUCGACGCCUCUAUUGGCAGGGGUUCUACCAAGGGCAGACAAUGGCCUGGCGGAGUCAUGCCUUUUGUGAUUGAUGGUGCUCUUGCUCGAGAACCCGUAGCAAUGGCGGCAAUCAACGGUGCAUUUCGUGAAUGGUCGUCCAAAACUUGUAUUAGAUUCAAGAAGAGAACCAACGAGUACGCCUAUGCUUACUUCCAGAUAGGAUCAGGCUGUUCGUCAAGUGUUGGUCGCACUGGAAAGCGCCAGACCAUCAACCUUGCUAGUGGCUGCUGGAAAGUUGGCAUUGUGGCUCAUGAGAUCGGUCACGCUCUUGGUUUUUAUCAUGAACAGUCCAGACCAGACCGUGAUAACUACGUCACUAUUGUGUGGAAUAACAUCGUUCACCAAAACAAGUUCAAUUUUGAAAAGUAUAACCGUGGAACCAUCGACACCCUUGGAACACCAUAUGACUAUGGAUCAUUAAUGCAUUAUGGUAGUCGAGCCUUCAGCAAAAACGGACAACCAACCAUUGUUCCUAAAAGAUCUGGGGUCACUCUCGGACAAAGAAGAGGACUCAGCGCUAUUGAUGCACGGCAAACGAACCUUCUGUACAAGUCACAGUGUAGUGGUGGUGGAGGCGGCGGCGGAGGCGGCGGCGGAGGAAGCUCUUGCGUCGAUAAGGACAACAGAUGCAGAAACUGGACCAACUUAUGUUCAUAUCAUCAAUAUGUCCGAGCAAACUGCAGGAGAACAUGCCGAUUUUGCUAGAACAGAAUUCAGCAUGACGUGUGUAUCCGAACUAAUACAAUUUGUCAUCUUGUGAUUGAAUACUGUAAAAUCUGAUGUAAGCGGUAAUAUUAUAACUUGGAAAGGAAAUCAAAAAUACAGCAUUAUAAAUACCAUUUAA